AUGGCAAACUUAGUUAGGAGUGCUGUUAGUCUUGUGGCCAUCAUCUUUAUCAUGAUCACCACGGUCGACGCCACUGCCAGUACCAUUGCGGAACCACCAUCUUCCUGCCCAGACAUUAUAUCUAGCGUGAUAGAUUGCCUGUCGUAUAUUGCCAACGGUAGCAUCGUUGAUCGACCAAGCAAGGCAUGCUGCAUCGGCAUUGCCAGCGUUAUCAAAGGGAGCACUACAGUUUGCCUAUGCAAAUCACUCAAAGAGGCAUUAAGCUAUGAUGUGCCUAUAAACAUGACGAGAGUACUUGGCCUCCCUGUGGCUUGCUCUGUCAAGGCAGCUAAGAUCGACUGCAGCGGUGUAUGCAGAUUCUCCAUCGCCAUCUCUAUCUCCACUACCCUCUUCGCCAUCUCCAACCCCCAGCAGCCUGCUGCCAUCUCCCAGUACUCCAUCACCGGCUGCAUCACAAGUGUUAGCUCCUACUCCGUCACCAGCUGCAUCACAAACGCCUCAUUCAUCUGA